AUGGAUGCCGGCGACGAGCCCUCCGUCACCCGCUGGUCCUUCCAGGACUUCGAGCGCUACUACGACGCGGGCCUCGGCAUCUGCCGCCAGCCCAAGGGCGACGGCGACGACGACGACAACGCGCCGCCCGGAUCGGGCUCCGCCGACACCGCUCACGGCCACGCCAACGGCGGCGCCGACCUGUCCGUCUUCGAGCAGUUCCAGCGGAUGGAUAGAAAUGUCGAGUUGCGCAAUGGGGCAAUGGAUGCCGGGCCACCGCAGAAAUCCCUGCUUCCUUCUUUUGAAUCUGCAGAAACACGCAACUUAGCCGAGACAUUGUUGAGGGAUAUCAUUCGUGGGAGUCCAGAUGUCAAAUGGGAAAGCAUUAAAGGUUUGGAAACUGCGAAGCGACUUCUUAAGGAGGCAGUUGUCAUGCCUAUAAAGUAUCCCAAGUACUUCACAGGUCUGUUAUCACCCUGGAAAGGUAUAUUGCUAUUUGGUCCACCAGGAACAGGAAAGACAAUGCUGGCAAAAGCUGUGGCUACCGAGUGCAAAACAACUUUUUUCAACAUUUCAGCCUCAUCAAUUGUCAGCAAAUGGCGUGGUGACUCGGAGAAACUAGUAAAAGUCUUAUUUGAGCUUGCAAGGCAUCAUGCACCAUCUACCAUUUUCCUUGAUGAGAUUGAUGCUAUCAUUAGCCAACGUGGUGAAGCUCGUAGUGAACAUGAAGCCAGUCGGCGAUUGAAGACUGAACUAUUAAUACAGAUGGAUGGAUUGACUAAGACAGAUGAGCUUGUUUUUGUUCUGGCGGCCACAAAUUUACCUUGGGAACUAGACGCAGCAAUGUUACGCCGAUUGGAAAAACGUAUUCUUGUGCCCUUACCAGAGGCAGAAGCUAGGCAUGCUAUGUUUGAAGAGUUCCUUCCAUCGACUCCAGAUACAAUGGAGAUUCCAUAUGAUGUUCUUGUGGAGAACACCGAAGGAUAUUCCGGCUCUGAUAUACGCCUUGUCUGUAAGGAGGCAGCAAUGCAACCACUUAGACGGUUAAUGGCAGUUCUAGAAGGCAGACAAGAAGAAAUGCCAGAGGAUGAGUUGCCUGAAGUUGGCCCAAUAGCGGCAGAAGAUAUCGAACUUGCCUUGAGGAAUACACGGCCGUCUGCUCAUCUCCAUGCACAUAGAUAUGAGAAAUUCAAUCAAGAUUAUGGCAGCCAUGUCAUUGGCUAA